CUGCUUGGAAAUGCUGUCCUGGCCGCCCGGGAACCAUGAGCCCCGCAACCCCGGUCUCACCCGACUCCACCCUGGAAAGUCGUCUCGAAGAAAUGGCCCUGGUGAGGGGCGGCUGGCUGUGGAGACAGAGCUCCAUCCUGCGCCGUUGGAAGCGCAACUGGUUUGCCCUGUGGCUGGAUGGGACCCUGGGCUACUACCACGACGAGACGGCCCAGGACGAAGAGGACCGCGUGCUCAUCCACUUCAACGUCCGUGACAUAAAGGUUGGCCAGGAGUGCCACGACGUGCAGCCCCCAGAGGGCCGGAGCCGAGACGGGCUGCUGACUGUGAGCCUGCGUGAGGGCGGCCGCCUGCACCUGUGUGCCGAGACCCAGGAUGACGCCAUAGCAUGGAAGACGGCGCUGAUGGAGGCCAACUCCACCCCGGCCCCGGCUGGAGCCACCAUUCCUCCCAGGAGCCGCCGGGCUUGUCCCAAGGUCUGGUGCGUGACCCGCUCAUGGAGCCCCUGUCAGGUUGAGAGGCGGAUCUGGGUGCGUGUCUACAGCCCGUACCAGGAUUACUACGAAGUGGUGCCCCCCAACGCACACGAGGCCACUUAUGUCCGCAGCUACUACGGCCCCCCCUACGCUGGUCCUGGCGUGACACACGUGAUAGUGCGGGAGGACCCCUGCUACAGCUCGGGCGCUCCACUGGCCAUGGGCAUGCUGGCUGGCGCCGCGACGGGGGCUGCGCUUGGCUCGCUCAUGUGGUCUCCGUGCUGGUUCUGAGCGCGUAGCUUGCCAGCUCUGGCCUCCUCCGGGACCCCUGCUCUGCACUACCACCCACUAGAGCCCCUUCCUCACCUAGCUCCUCCUAGGC